AUAUACUUCUCCCCUCCCCUCUCCUCUCCCUGUACUAAAAAGCCCUUCAAUUGAAUAACAGAAAAUGGAUUCUCUCUGCAAAUCAUCUCGCCAUUCGUAUUCUCCAUUCGACGCUCUACUUUUCGACAUGGAUGAUACUCUGUACUCCUCUAAGAUCGGAAUCGGACAAGCACUGAAGAAGAACAUUGACGAUUUUAUAAUGGAGAAAUUCGGAUUCUCAGAAUCCGAAGCUUCGGCUCUGCGCAUCGAGCUCUUUAGAAAAUACGGGAGCUCUCUCGCCGGAUUACGAGCGUUAGGGCAUGAUAUUGAUGCUGAUGAAUAUCACAGUUUCGUCCACGGGAGAUUACCUUACCAUUUGAUUGAACCAGACUCUGAUUUGAGAAACCUGUUGCUUAAAAUCCAUCAACGCAAAAUUAUUUUUACGAAUUCCGAUAGAGUUCACGCCGUGAAAGUGCUGGAUCGGCUUGGAAUCAGGGAUUGUUUUGAGCGGAUCAUUUGCUUCGAGACAAUGAAUCCUAACCUGUCCCGGCGGCGGCCGGGGGAGGCUCCGGUUGUGCUGAAGCCGGCGAUGGAGGCCAUGAAUAUCGCCGUCGUCUCCGCUGGUGUGGUUCCACGUCGAACGCUCUUUUUUGAUGACAACAUCCAGAACAUAGUUGCUGGAAAUGCUAUUGGGCUUCGAACAGCUUUGGUUGGCACAUCGAAGAGGACAAGUAAAGAAUGCGAUUAUGCGCUGGAGAAAGUGAGCGACCUAAUACGCGUCAUACCAGAAAUUUGGUUCAUAGGCAAUAAAGAGGUGGAUGACGACAAAGUAAUGGCGAGUACUAAUUGCACCAGAAACAACGAAAUGGACUCAUCAUUUCUUGCAUCCACAAGUGUGGGUGCCUAAUUCAACUAAUUGUUGGAGGAUGGACCCCAACAAUUGUACACGAAAGACAAACAUGAACAUUCAUGUCGAUUCGGGCACGGACAUAAAUGAACGUGUUUACUUUUAGUUUACAAUUGUUGCGACAUUUGUGGUAUUUGCCUCCGUAAAUAUGUAUCUAUAAUUCCUCUAUAUAAAUAUGUCAAUAUAAUUGUGAUGCAUUUCAAUAAUGUAUCUGCAUGUAUGCAUCCGUUCACUAGGUUGAAUAAUACAAUGGCACGAUU